AUGAUCUGGACGUUGCGCUCCUCGACGUUGUAUCCGAAGGAGAUGUUGUACGAGUCGAACGUCGCGCGGUACCGCUCGAUCACGCCGUCGACGCGCCUGCGCGGGAGCACGUAUCGUCGUCGCGGCGAAUGUGGGUGCGGGCGUGCGGCGGCGGUGCGGGGGCGGACGCGGCGCGCGGACGGGCUGGAGGGCGGGGAGGGACGGUGCGGAGCGGUGCGCGGCGCCUCGGGCGCGGGGUGCGGCGCGUGGGGCGCGGCGCUGCGCCAGGAGGGCCGGCGCGCGCCGGGCGGGCCGGUGUCGGUGCGCCCGAGGGCGGCUGCGCGUGUCCGGGGCGCACCUGUCGCCGAGGAUGAGCGUGCACGCCUUCCCUUCGAUGUCGCGGGGGUCCUUGUACUUGGCCUUCAUCGCCGCGGAUUUCCUGAGGUAGCUCGGGCCGCUCAUCGCCGUCCCAGUCGUGGCGCGUGGCGGCGACGCCGCGCGGCUAGGUGGGCGCCGGGACGGCGUCUUGGACCGUGCGUGCGAACCUGA